AUGUCCUUUCCCAACAGCUCUCCUGCUGCUAAUACUUUUUUAGUAGAUUCCUUGAUCAGUGCCUGCAGGAGUGACAGUUUUUAUUCUAGCAGCGCCAGCAUGUACAUGCCACCACCCAGCACAGACAUGGGGACUUAUGGAAUGCAAACCUGUGGACUGCUCCCGUCUCUGGCUAAAAGAGAAGUUAAUCACCAAAAUAUGGGUAUGAAUGUGCAUCCUUAUAUACCUCAAGUAGAGAGUUGGACAGAUCCGAGCAGAUCUUGUCGAAUAGAGCAACCUGUUACACAGCAAGUCCCUACUUGCUCCUUCACUACCAAUAUUAAGGAAGAAACCAAUUGCUGCAUGUAUUCCGAUAAGCGAACCAAACUCAUUUCUUCCGACGUCCCUUCUUACCAGAGGUUGGUCUCUGAAUCAUGCCCCAUUGAAAAUCCCGAGGUUCCUGUCCCAGGAUAUUUUAGACUGAGCCAGACCUACGCCACUGGGAAAACCCAAGAGUACAAUAACAGCCCCGAAACGAGUUCAACUGUAAUGUUACAGUUAAACCCUCGCGGCUCUGCCAAACCGCAGCUAUCUUCUGCCCACCUUCAGAUGGAAAAGAAAAUGAGUGAAAACCCCAGCAACCAAGACUCAGCUAAAGUCCCUCAAGUGGAAAGCCCCGAGCCCAAGUCCACUUUGCCAGAGGAGAGGAGCUGCCUAGCUGAAGUGUCCGUGUCCAGCCCAGAAGUCCAAGAGAAGGAAAGUAAAGAGGAAAUCAAGUCCGAUACUCCAACCAGCAAUUGGUUAACUGCAAAGAGUGGCAGAAAGAAGAGGUGUCCUUAUACUAAACAUCAAACACUGGAAUUAGAGAAAGAGUUCUUGUUCAAUAUGUACCUCACUCGCGAGCGCCGCCUAGAGAUCAGUAAGAGCGUUAACCUCACUGACAGGCAGGUCAAGAUCUGGUUUCAAAACCGCAGAAUGAAGCUUAAGAAGAUGAGCAGGGAGAACCGAAUCCGAGAACUGACCGCUAAUCUGACCUUCUCUUAG